AUGCACCCCACCCUCACCCUCACAUACGCCCUAGCCCUAUCCCUAUCCACAACCGCCCUGGCCCUAUCACCCCACCUAUCCACCCGCCAACAACCCUUCAAAACAACACCCAUAACCGACUUCUCCGAACCCUGGGCCUUCGCCUUCCUCCCCGACACCCGCAUCCUCGUCACCGAGCGGAAAGGCACCCUCCUCCUCGUCGACCCGGCCACAAAAACAAAAGCCAGCAUCACCGGCGUCCCCGCCGUCGCGUACGCCGGUCAAGGCGGUCUCCACGACAUCGCUUUACACCCCAACUAUUCCAACAACAGCAUCGUCUACAUCAGCUACGCCGAGAACGGUUCCGGCGGCGCAGGCUGCGCAGUCGCGCGCACCAAGCUAAGUCUGAGUGGUAGCAGCGGCGCACUCUCCGGUCUCGAAGUCAUCUGGCGGCACUCUCAGCGCGCCACAGGCGGCCUUCAAUUCGCAUGCCGAUUGAAAUUCGGUCCUGAAGACAACGCGUUGUACAUAUCCUCCGGCGAGAUAAACCAAAUGCACCCCGCCCAAUCCAUGACCUCCAACCUAGGCAAGAUAAUCCGUCUCUACGAUAACGGGACUGCCUACCCGUCCAACCCAUUUGCCAGUCAAGGCGCUAUUCAAUCUCAGAUUUACACGCUCGGCCACCGGAAUCCCCUAGGUAUCGAUUUCGAUCUCCAGGGUCGGCUUUGGGAGGUUGAGAUGGGGCCGUUUGGCGGUGACGAGUUGAAUUUGAUAGUGCCGGGGAAGAACUACGGAUGGCCGGUUGUGUGUGAGGGACGGCAUUACAAUGGCACGUUGAUACCGAAACAUAGUUCGAGGCCGGAGAUGGCUGCGCCGAAGGCGAAUUGGGUUCCUGUUAUCUCGCCUGCUGGUCUGAUUCUGUAUAAGGGGGAUCUUUUUAAGGGGUGGAAGGGGAAUGCGGUUAUCACGGGGCUUAGCGCACAAGGGCUUGUGAGGGUUAGUAUCACUGGCGAUACGGCGGCGGAGGCACAGCGCAUCAGCAUGGGUAAACGCAUGAGAGGUAUUCGGGAGGAUAAGGAGGGUGCGAUUUGGGUGAUUGAGGAUGGGGCUGGGGGGAGGUUGUUGAAGCUUACGCCGAAUUGA